AUGGCCACAAAAGGAGCAAAAGCAAUUUUAAUUGGAGGCACUGGUGCCACAGGUAAACCAUUAGUAAAGGAGUUAAUCAAUUCACCCCAUUUUUGUGAAAUUACAUCGUUGGUUAGAACAAUUGAUCCUAAUGUUACAAGUGAUAAAUUAAAACAAGUAGUUGUUGAUUUUGAAAAAUUAGAAAAUUAUAAAUCGGAAUUCGAAGGUAAAGAUGUUGCAUUCAAUGUUUUUGGAACAUCUAAAAAGCAAGCUGGUAGUACUGAAAGAUUUAAAGAAAUUGAAUAUGGUUAUUCAGCAAAGUUUGCAGAUUUAUCCAAAGAGUCAGGUGUUCGUUCUAUGCAUUUAUUAACAUCAGGUGGAUCAAACCCAAAUUCAUGGAUGUAUUAUUUAAAAGUUAAAGGUGAAAUUGAAGAAAAGUAUAAAGAGGAAAAUUUUAAUUUCCUCUCAAUAUUUAGACCAGGAUUUUUAGUAAGACAUAGCGAUAGAUGGUCAGAUUCAGUAAUUGGAUUCUUUUUAAAGGGAUUAAAAGUUAAUAUACUAGCCAAAGCAUUAAGAAUAGAGGCUGAAAACGAAAUUUUAAAUAUGUCAAAAAAUAAUCAAAUUAAAGCAAUUACUGGUGAUGCUAUUGUCGACAUAGUAAAGAUUUUUGAUACCCAAACAAACAAUUAA